AUGGCUGCAUUGCCAACAUCACCUCCGGCUUCUUUAAUUCAGCCUGCUGUGUUACCGUCUGUUCCGAUACUUGCCUUGCCAGCACCACCAGACCCCAAGCCUCCGGACUAUAGUUCCUCGCCAGAGGAUCCAAUCCUGCAAAAAUACCAUGGUCUGGUUGGCAAAGAUCCUACUUCCUCACCAACAGAACCAGCUACCCCUUUUCAACGUGUAGUCCUUGCCUGUUCCUUAAUUCAGGAUACUGUGGCAUUUCCCGUUAUAGUGCCGCCUGCUGGCGCUCCAGCAGGCACCCAAGCCCAACACCAACCUUUUGACUUUAAGAUCUUGAAAGAGUUGCAGCAGUCAGUAAAGACCAAUGGACUCCAAGCCCCAUAUACGCAGGCGCUUUUGGAAGCCACAUUAGCCCAGCUCUUGGUUCCAGAUGACAUAAAGCUUUUGGCCCAUACAGUGUUACCUCCAUCAGCGGGCGUAUUGUUUGCCCACGAAUGGGAAAUUGCCUGCCGUGCAUAUGCUCCGGCUUUAUUACAACAAAUCAGAGGGAAUAAUCCAAAUAUUACCCUCGCAGACGUCCUAGACGCCAUGAUGGG